AUGACAACGAAUCCAAAUGAAUCGGUUUCAGAUUUAAAAGAUAAAUUCUUUGCUGAAUGGUUUGAAGACAGAGUAAUGAAUAAGACACCCGAUGGAAGUGCUAAACACUUAGAAGUUAUAGCUGAGAAACCAUCGAGACAUGCUCAUUUUCAUAAUGGGUAUUUUGUAAAUGGUUAUAAGUUCCACACUCAACAAUACGGUGAGGGUCGUGUGACGAAUAACUUUGGAGUAUGUGUGAGAGGGGAGACGUAUAAUGAUGAACAAGAGUCAGACUACUACGGCAUAUUGCAAGAGAUCUUAGAGUUGAUUGAUGUCAAAACCAACUCUCGACUUCAAACUGAUGACCCAUUUUGUUUGGCAUCACAAGCAGAACAAGUCUUUUAUACAGCAUACCCUUCAAUGGCAAAUGAGACGAAAGAUAAGUGGGCGGUUAUCAAAACAAAACCAAGAGGGGUAUUUGAAGUCACCGAAGCUGAAAUGGAAGUAGAAGAAAUCUUUAAGGAUGAAGAACGGUUUGAGUCACCUGUUACUGUAACUCGUGCAGAACGAUUGUGCCUAGCCUCAACUAUAAAUACAUAUGAGCAACCAACACCAAAAUAUGAAAACUCAAAACCAUUAAGCAACAAUUAG